AUUUUUUUGAAGCAUCAGUAUGAGUGACAUGAGAUCAUCGCCAAGUGCGGUUGCAUUAUUUAUCAAGUGCUCGGUUCAUGUUUUAAAGCGAUUUUCUUCUGAUUUUGUGAGGUGCUAAUGAGCUACACUCUGGUAUGGCUGCUUAAAAAUGCCUUUGAGUGAUUCUUUGAUCAAAACUGUGGAGGAAGGUUCGAAUCUUCAUCCACCCACGGGUCCAACACAACUAGGACGAUUUCAAACUCCAAGUGGAAAAGAAAACGCAGAAAACGUGUUUGUGUUUGUUGCCCACUAUGACUUCAAGGGUGGCGUUCCUCCUUGGCCUCGGCCUGGUGACAAGGAAGAUGUUCAAUGCUUGCGAGACGCUUUUGAGACGAAACGAAACUGCAGAUUUCGCGAGUGGUUGGCGCCACACAAGAUUGACCUGCUCAAACUUCUUAGCGACGAAACGAUUUUGAAGAAAUACUUUAAUUCUGAUUCAGAGCCGUCAACGUUCAUUUUUAUCAUUUUGUCACAUGGAUAUUUCGAUGGAAUGAUUUUCACGGAAACCAAGAUCGGUGAUGGUCCCAAUGAUUAUGACACAUUCAACACCAGAGAUUUGUUCAAAUCGCUCGAAACCACGUUUCAAAAGUGCUUGAAAUUCUUAUUUCUUGGGCCCUGCAGAGGCGAUCUUGAGAGCUUCGUCAUUGAUACAUCCCCUGAUAGAAAGCAACCAGAAUCCUGUUGCUCGAACGAGAAAAUCUGCUGCAAGAUUUCCUUCGAGCCAAAUAUUCACAACCUGGUUAUUUUUUACGCGAGUGUUGAAAACACGAUGGCACGGAGAGAUAAAUUUGAAGGCACGUGGCUUGUGCAGUGUCUAAUUCAGGAGCUGAAUGAGAUGAAAGAGGACGAAAGUGUUUCGCAUUUCUUGACGGCCGUGCAGAACAGAAUUCACAAAAAGUCAAUCAUCGACAUUGUUGAGGUUGGUCAGACGCCGGAGUUCAAAAUUUAUCCCCACAACAGAAAAUUUAAGUUUUCUUGCAUUGAACGCAUGAAUUGUUUUACACGCUCAAAAUUUGGGACAGACGCAACAAAUCCAGUACAACAGCCAUCGAAUGACUUUGAUUGGUGGGAUCCGCAAUCAAAAUCUGUUCUAAGAGGAAAGCUCGCUGUAAUUUUCCACCAAGGGAGCCUAAAAAAUGAGGUCAAAAUACUCGAGUUAGAUCUGAGAGAAAAUCUAGGAUUUGAGACGAAAAUUGUGCAAAUCGACUCCGAUCACAUAAAAAAAUAUUUUGAUGACUUAGUGAAAAAAUCAUGGCGAGAGUACGGUUGUUUUGCGGCCUUCUUUUUUGCCAACAUCUCGGAAAGUGAGGAUGGACAAAUUUGCAUUGAUCUGAGCAGAGGUGAAAAGAAGCCGAUCGGAGAGUUAAUUCAGACAUUGCUCGGGGCAGAGGCAAACGACUGGAUUGGAAAACCAAAGCUUUUCUUCCUUAUUGACCAGAGAACCGUGGCUGCUGACAGCGUAAUGUUUAAGGAGGCAAAACAAAUUGAUUUCCUAAAGGCCACUGUCCACAGCGGAUGGUUUGUCUUUAUCCUUCAAAACAAAGAUUUGCUUGAAAAAUUCCUCAAGAUCUUUGAAGGCGAGGAAAUAAAAGGGGAUAAGAGUUUACAGGAAUCCCUUAGCAAUUUGCUUAUUUAUCAAGAGAUGAACACGAAGGAAAUUCCUCAAGCCAUGAUGGUGUCCACUUUGCCCCACCAGUUGGUUUUCCGACAGAAUUUCGUCAAACCUGACUUCCGAGUGCAGCUGGAUGCGUCUGCAGAAGAAAUAGAUGUCAAUUUCAAAGAAAUAAUUAGGCUGGCAAAUAACAAGAAUCAACAUCGCGUUUGGCUUCUGUCUUCGCUUCCUGGCUCAGGGAAGUCCACAGUGAUGCGCGAGAUCACUUUUGAACUGCGCAGGUCUUUAAAAGGUGUCAAAAUUUUCACCAUAGACCUUUCACGUGUAUGCAAUAUAUUUUCGAACGCCAAAGUGAAGAAACAAAAGUCACCCACGUGUGAUUCUGUUAUUGCCACUGCAACAGCAAAGUCCCAGGAUGAUAUUGAAAAUUUGAUCAGAUCCAAGAGGAUCAUAGUGAUGUUUGAUGGAUUUGAUGAGAUUUACCAAAAAUACAGAGAUGAGGUGCUCAAAUUUUUACUGGAAAUGGUGGGAAAGUCGGUGCCAAUUUGGAUUUCAACGCGGCCGCACGAAGAAGAGACAAUUCUCAAAUCACUGCGAAAUAAAGGAAAUGUUUGCAGGGUGUCAAUUAGGCCUCUUAACAAAAUGCAGCAACGCGAUUUUUUUCAAAUGAUUUCACAUCAGGAUGAAAAGAAAUGUGAGUUUCAACUAGAUAAUCUGCGAAAAUAUGGGUCAAACGAUAUUCUUGGCAAUUGUUUUUAUUUGAAAAUGCUCGCAGAAAUUGGUGUUCAGGCUUUUACUUUCGAACUCGGGUUGAAUGAUAUUUAUGAAAAAAUAUUGGAGAAGAAAGUGAGUUCCACAAUAAACAGUUACAAUGAAGUAGACUACAACGAAAAAUUUUUAUCCUGCAAGGAAAAACUGGAAAAGCUUUCCGUGAAAUAUCUACAAUAUGACAAAGUGGAAAACGUUGAUAGUGAUGUGACAAACACAGGCAUUGUAUCACUUUCAAACGGAAAUGCAAGGUUUGUUCACCAAACGUUUGCAGAAUUUCUAGCUGCAGGCUACUACUUUCACUCAAAAAAAAAAAUCUCAAAUAGACCCGUUUACGGCAUGUAUGGCUGACCUGGCGUUUUCGGCCGAGUUAAACAUGUAAAUUAGACUUAAUUAUGAGCCUCGUAGGUCAAUUUGAACAGGGAGAACGACGAAGGGAACGUCCCUUUCCGGCGGCGAGUCAGACUGGCCUGGGAGCGGCUCUCCCGAAUCAGUUAAACUCGCUACGCUGCUGCGCCGACUGCAGUGCUCCUUCUCACGUUGCAUUUCGGCCGAUUUUUUUGCUUUUUCGGGCCGAAUUUGGGCUUA